ACGCUCACUCUCCCUAAAGGAGGGAGCCAGGCAGAGAGACAGAGAGGGGAUUGAGAGAGAGAGACGAGGCUAUCUCUGGGCUGCUCUCCACUGCAGCGUCUGGCUUUCACUGAAAGGUCUGUGACCGUGUUUUUCCUGCGCUUGUUGUUUGCCUAAUUUAUUCCUGCUGGGGCCAGCAGAAAGAAAGAAAGGCAGAAAGGGGGGGAAAAAAAAAAGGAAGAAAAAAAAGGACGAGCAGUAUAGUAAAGAGUGCAACAGUACACCGUGACUCGCUGACAGGGAAUGCAGAGAGAGGUUCUGGCCUCUGGUUGUUACUGCUGGAUGGACAAGUACUGACAAAACAAGAAAAGGAAGAGAGAGAGAGCACUUUGUAAAGCUCUGAGAGAGGAGAGGCAGCUGUGACUGAAGAGAUUUCUCAACUCUGCUUUUGUUUCGGCUUGUUGUUUUUUUUUUCUGUGACAUCUGAUCCCCUGACACCGCUGACUUUGAAACAGUUGGAGGGAUCACAAGAAAACUCAACUUCACCCCAGAAGACGGAUCAGGGGGACGUCUCUGCUGAACUUUGCUGCUGCAGAAACAACUGAGAUAUUAUUCUAAGAGUGAAAGGAGUCUAUUCUUUACUCAUUUUAAUAUCAAGCAUGGACUCAACGUACACGGCCAAAAUACCUUUGCAUUAAUGCAGAAGUGGUGCGGUGGUCAGUUCACAACACCGAGAAAAGGAGCGGUAUCGUUUCCCAAACUCCUCAGCUUAAUUUUUCUUUGAACUGGCGGGGCAAAUCUUGCUCUCCUCUCCAUCACUAUCAGCCUCGACAAGUCAAGAGUGAGUCUGGACUAGAACUGGCUCUGAUGAACAGAUAAAAACCCUCAGCACGACAGGAACUGGUUGGACUAGUUUAUAAGUCAGAGCAGAGGGCAGGGCAGUUUAACCCUGCAUGAAGGAGGGCUGUGUACUAUUUUCCUCCCGCCUGCCUGUCCUUCUGAGAGAAAGUUGUGCUUUAACAGAGAGGGGCAGAGCGUCUUUUUCACUUCAACAGAGGCUCUGUUUUGUCCCCCCUCACUAUGCUUAGGGAUAGGUGAGGUUUUUUUUUUCUUUCUUUCAAAGGGGGAAGACUGAGAAAGAAAGUGAGAGGGAGGGAGAAAGAGAGGGAGUCAAAGUGUAAUUUAUUGUUUCCUGUAAAAAGAGCAAGGCUGCACCCUUUUCGCCUGCCUGAACUCUGAACUACUCAGUGUGUGUGUGUGUGUGUGCGCACGUGUGUGUGUGUGUAUGUCUGAAGUUUUCGCGGACCUCGGGAGCCGCUGAUCAGAGGUCAGGGCAGAAAACAGAACAGAGAGAGCAGAGGAUUAAAGAAGAGAGGAACAACAACAGUGGAAAGACCUACAGGUCAGCUUGACCAGACGGCAAAGAGGAGAAAGGUCAACACAUUGGAGUCCGGGACAAAAAUUCCCCCAAUCUCUUUGGAUCGCUGCCUUUGAGGGUGGAAUCAGCUUUUUAGACUUUGAGGAGAGUUGGAAGCCGGUGGGACAAGGCAGGUCUGUGUAUGAUCCACUCACAGGACUGCACGUCUCAGAGAAUAUGGCCAUGGUGAGCGGAGGAUGGGGUAAUCCCAACGGGGGCACUAAUGGACUUGGGGAAAAGGCUUACCUGAGGAGGGGAGAGGAUGAGGAAGGGUCGCCCCGGGCCGGAAGCAGCGACGUGGAUGUCGGUGACGAGGACAAGGCCUGCGUGGUGGACUGUGUGGUGUGCGGGGACAAGUCCAGUGGAAAGCACUAUGGCGUGUUCACCUGUGAGGGGUGCAAGAGCUUCUUUAAGAGGAGCAUCAGGAGAAACCUCAGCUACUCCUGCAGAUCAAACAGAGAAUGCCAAAUUGACCAGCAUCACCGUAACCAGUGCCAAUACUGCCGUCUGAAGAAGUGUUUCCGGGUCGGGAUGCGCAAAGAAGCUGUCCAGCGGGGUCGCAUCCCUCCGUCUCACUCAGGUAUCAGUCCAAACUCUCUGGCGGGCGGGGUCGCAGGUGCGGGUCCAGGUCACAUUGGGGCAGACUACUUCAACGGCCAGCCAGUGUCUGAGCUCAUCUCUCAGCUCCUCCGGGCCGAGCCGUACCCUGCCAGCCGCUAUGGGGCCCCAUACAGCCAGGCACAGAUGCAGGCAUCUGCAAGUGGAGCAUCUGUCAUGGGCAUCGACAGCAUCUGCGAGCUGGCUGCCCGUCUCCUCUUCAGCACCAUAGAGUGGGCCAGAAACAUCCCAUACUUCCCAGAGCUCCCAGUCUCAGAGCAGGUGGCGUUGCUAAGACUGAGCUGGAGUGAGCUGUUCAUCCUUAAUGCCGCUCAGUCUGCUCUCCCUUUGCACAUGGCUCCGCUGCUGGCAGCAGCUGGCUUUCACUCAUCUCCCAUGUCUGCUGAGCGCGUGGUGUCUUUUAUGGAUCAGGUCAGGAUUUUCCAGGACCAGGUAGACAAGCUGAACAGGCUGCAGGUGGACUCAGCUGAGUACAGCUGCCUCAAAGCCAUUGCACUCUUUUCCCCUGAUGCUUGUGGUCUGACAGACCCAGCUCAUGUAGAGUCCCUGCAGGAAAAGGCUCAAGUUGCCUUGACAGAGUACGAGAGGUUGCAGUACCCAAACCAGCCUCAGCGCUUUGGCCGCUUACUGUUGCGCCUCCCUGCGCUGCGCGCCGUGCCGGCUAACCUCAUCUCCCAGCUCUUCUUCAUGCGGCUGGUGGGCAAGACACCGAUUGAGACGCUGAUCCGAGACAUGCAGCUAUCAGGGAGCUCCAUCAGCUGGCCCUAUGCACCGGGACAGUGAAGCCAGCUGGGCUCCGGAGUGAGAUCAAACUAGGAGGGAUAAGAGCUCAUGAAGAUGUCAUACGAGCACAAACUGAAAGUCAUGAGUGUAGAGGUCACUUUUUCCUCUCAUUAGCUUUUGUUGAAAUGACACCAAAGCUGCUUUCAGGGAAAAAAAAAAAGUUUGAUUGUCUCUAAUGUUCUCAGCAGACCUCUCUUUCCCUCAUUCCGGAUGAACUUGGCUUUCAGUAAAAUUCUGACUCUUUAACACGAGGCCACGUGCCUGCACUACCUCCUCCCACAUCACCCCCCAAUGUGACUUGAAACCAGGCUCUGCUCUGUUGUUUAGUCUGAAUGAAGCCAUAGCAGUGCCACUCUCUGAGGCAGAGCUUUACUGUACGCUGCCAUGGUCGGGACAUUCUGUGCGGAUCACACAACAAGUUGUGUGAUGUUCUGCAUGAACCCAGGAGUGUACUGAAUUAAGAGACUUUGUUACCAGACAAAGUAUUUGUGAAGACUGCAACUCAUCGCCUCAUACAGCAUUUCAACAAAGAGGAUGAACAGACACCGCCGUGUGUUUUUACUCUGAGAUGUUUUGUAUCGCAUGUGCAGAAAGGAAUAGUUCAACAUUUCGAGAAGUCUUUUUGUUUUUACUUUUUUUUGUACAGUUACAUAAAAAAAAGAUAUCACUCUCAGGACUGUAUGAUAAAUACGAAGCUAUACGAAGCCAAUUAGUUUGGCUUAACGAGCUCUGUACAAAGGUACCAAAUCCAACAGUCAACACCAAAAACUUUAAAUGUUUUUUAGCCCCUUUAUGAGGCAUUAUGCCAGACUAUUUCCUGACCCAUUGGGGUCCUGGUAGGUUAAAGCUAUCCACUAUUUCUCGUCUGUGUUCCGAGCAUAAAGCCUUCUGCCGUUGCUGAAAAUGAGCAUGAGAGUGGCGUCAGCAAGCGUAUUUCACAGAAUGUUGAACUAUUACUUCUGGUAUAUUACACGGCACUGCAGAAGCUGCUGCUACUGUAUGCAGAAAACAAGCGAAUGUACUUAAACACAGCCUGGCUCCUCGGACAGUCACAUCCCAGUCUAACAUUAUUACCUCAUGUUUUAUACAUCAGUGACAGAUGGAGAUUGUAUAGGUAACAAUUUGUGUGUUAAAGAUAUUUACAAAGGGAUCAAGGCACUGUUAUCACUGAAACCAAUCAGUAAGACCCACUGGGCAGGUUUAUUAACCAAAAUAUGGCUUAAAUUGUAAAACUUCACGUGAGAGGACUUCAAAUAUUUGAGAUCACUUUAUGAAAGCUGCAUUGAAUCAAGUGAUGCCUGCGUUUCUGAUUAGUCUGUGCAAACUAAGCACUGUGUCCUUUGCUUUUGCAAGGGUAGAUGUGGUUUUAGUUCUUUAUUAUUGUUAAGCCCCUCUAAAAAGCCGGAUGGUUAGCAUCCUCUCUGAGAUCAUUAUGAAAGGUACUUCAAUGUGUAAAAGGUUAUUUGUUGGCACUGCCAUAAAAGGUACUUUGUUAUUCACGAGUGUUAGCGCCAUGAACUGAAGCUUAUUGUGAUGAAUUGUAAUGUUUGUCGCCAAACCGACUGAAACAAGAAAACUACAUGGUGAUAUGUUUUUUUAAUUUCCAGUUAUGUCAUAAAAAAGGAGAGAAAGACCACGAUCCCUUAUGCUGUCAAACAACUUCAUCAUUUUCUGUUAUUUGUUGGAAUAUAAACUAUAGUGAUUUUUAACUGUGUAGUUUUAUCUUUAAAAAUCUUUCAAUGACCACAGAAAAACUGAUACAUGCAAAAGAAGUCCAUGUGGUGGACUCACUGUUUUAGAAAUAAAAGUAUACAUUCUUUUAA